AUGCUGGUGGAUUUGAUGCGCGCUCGGCUGGGGCUGUGCCUUCGGUUUGUCGGCCUCCCGCUCCGCCGCUGCCCCCCCACAUGUGACCGACCUGAGCGGAGGCAGAUGGGCUCUAAUCUGCAGAUAGCACUAAAACUAGAUGCUGAUGAGUGGACGCUCACACGAGUAAUCAAGCUGCUGGCUCUGUGUUUACGGCGUGGGCAAGCGGUGCCUCAGGACCCCUUACCUUCCUCCACCUGCCCUCCGGGGCCCCCGGGGCCUCCGGCUGUGGCCAACGGCAGCAGUGAGAUCAUGGUGAACUUUGACCCCGACCCGGCGGACCUGGCGCUGUCCAGCGUGCCGGGACAGGAGGCGUUCGACCCGCGGAGGCAUCGCUUCACAGAGGACGAGCUCAAACCUCAGCCCAUGAUCAAGAAGGCCCGAAAAAUGCUGGUCCCCGAUGAGCAGAAGCGCAGAGCAGCUGCAGCUCCUGAGGCGUUCAUAAUUUAUGGAGGGAUGAAGGCGCUCACCUUGCCGCGCUCGGUCGGCGUUGGUUCUAUAAAUCAUUUUCGGAGGAGCGGUGGGCAAGCGGUGCCUCAGGACCCCUUACCUUCCUCCACCUGCCCUCCGGGGCCCCCGGGGCCUCCGGCUGUGGCCAACGGCAGCAGUGAGAUCAUGGUGAACUUUGACCCCGACCCGGCGGACCUGGCGCUGUCCAGCGUGCCGGGACAGGAGGCGUUCGACCCGCGGAGGCAUCGCUUCACAGAGGACGAGCUCAAACCUCAGCCCAUGAUCAAGAAGGCCCGAAAAAUGCUGGUCCCCGAUGAGCAGAAGGACAGCUACUUCGCUCUGAGCGGAGCUGCCACCAAAUGGACUUUUUAUAACAGUCUCAAACGCCAGAGGAAUGAAUGUGAUCAGCCUCUGCUGUCAGUGGUGGCUGGUGACGAGAAGUACUGGAGCCGGCGCGUGAAGAACAACGAGGCGGCCAAGCGCUCGCGGGACGCCCGGCGGCUGAAGGAGAACCAGAUCUCGGUGCGCGCCGCCUUCCUGGAGCGGGAGAACGCCGCCCUCCGCCAGGAGGUGGCCGACAUGAGGAAGGAGCUGGGCCGCUGUCGGAACAUCAUCAACAAGUACGAGAGCCGGCACGGGGACUUGUGA